GCGUGCGGUCUACCUUCGGGCGCGCUGGCCGGUUAAAAGGGGAAAUUUUUGUGUGUGGAAAAUUCUUCUGUUCGGAUAUCUCGAAGGGUUUUGGGACACAAAGUUGACCGAUUCGAGAAUUUUGAUGGUAAUCAACUUAAAGAAUAAAGAUGUUUAGAAUAAGUGUAAUCCGAUGAAAAAUUGAGUAAAAUACAAAAUGAAACCGUAAUUUAGUGAAGGAAUUGAAUAUCUCCGCAGUGUUCGCUAUUCUUUUUUCGGUGAUUUGGGUUAGAGCGAAGCGAGUAAACGUGUUUAGAAGUGUGUCGUGUUGGAAAAUGGUUCUUUGAGUGAAACAAGCCAUAGUUAAAACGAAUAAGAAAAGUGAUAGUGUGGAAAUGGGUAAUUGGCAAAUUGCUAUGCGAUGAAAAAAUGAAAGAUAAGUGUUAACAUCAAAUACAGAACAUAUCGAAAUGAUUUUAACUUUCAUCUGGACGAUUGUUCGAUAUCUUGUACUUUUUAAACGAAAAUUAGAAGGACGAUCAAAGCUAGUGAGUGUUUCCUCUCGACAAGUUACGCCAGUCGUUGGCCACCACGAACUCGUCACCAGAAAUAAGUGACUAUUUCGCGCAAACGACAUUCCAGCUGUGAAUCUCGACCGUGCUGGCAACACUGUAAUGACCAUUGAUGGCACCGCCGGCACCGUGCUGAGUGAAAGCCAUCAAUCUUCAGCGGCGUCAUCAUCGUCAACACCGGCACUUCUAAUUCAAAUCCAACCGCGGAAUGGUUCGCUCGCGCCCGUAAGCUGCCCCUCGCUGGCAACACUUGCCCCGCCAAAGCCGCGGCCAGCCUACCUGUACUACCCUCGGCCGGAUGAUUCUGGCGAGCUUACCGUCCCGCUGGUGAGGCAACUCAACUGGAGCUUCUACACCGACUGCCAGGACCAAGAUUGUCCCGAGAGUAGUGGCAGUAUUGCCAGCCGGCGACGGUUGCUGCCCCAGACGGAAGAGGCGCUCCGGUUGCUGCGGGAGAUCGAUAGCAAUAUUGCGGCCGUUGGUCCGGGUGUGGAAUUUGAAGGCGAAAAUGGAUUUCGAGCGCUGUUGGCGGACGAUAAUUGUGGCCGCAGCCACCACCACCACGGCUUUGCCAAUCGGAACAAUCACCAGCAAGUCGGUGACAUCGGUGCUGCCGCCGCCGACGAGGCCGCAAACGGCGACGAUAUGUCCUAUUAUUUAAGCAAUGGACCCCGUUCGCUGUUCUUCAACUCGAGUCUCUCCCCUCCACGAAGCGGUGACGGCGGUGACUCCACCUCCAAAUCGGACACGGAACCACUCCAGCCGGGCGCAACAUCUGGCAACAGUGACCCCGUUGCUCCACCACCGGCAGCGUCCACUUCAAUCCCGUCGACGUCAUCAACGGCAGUUCCAAAGACGACGGCCUCCUCCUCCGUGUACGACUUUGGGAGAAUGUUCAAGCGGCCCACGUACAGCAGUGGAAUCUUGAGCAGCAACCCAGCAACAUCGGCGUCCGGAACCGGAUUGGCCACCGGCCUCGCCAACAGCAAACCAAUCGUGUCCAGCUCGAGCCUUUAUCAGGCACAACCUCCGCGGAUCAUCGGCAGCACAAGUGCACACUUUGGAGCCGGCACCACCGCGCGACCCUCGGUCGAACCGGAACCGGUGCAGAGUUUGAAGAUCGCGUUCCGAUCGUCGCCGUCGAGCAGUACCGUUACGACGACGCCGACUUCAACGGCGCCCGGAAGUGUCACCCACCAGGUUGUGACGGCACCGGCGCCGGAAGUCGAAAUGAUGGUCGGAAAUAACCACCGGAACGGACCAGGAAGUGGCCCGCAAGUGACAACGAAUCAAGUGACUACGAACGGGAAUAAUUGCAACAGUGACCCAAGUGCCAGUGCGAGUGCAAGGGGAGCGAGUGGGGGAAUGGUUGUUGGUGCAGGUCAGAACCAGAGCCAUCCGAUGGCAUGUGGUGGGGGAGGGCCGGGAGUGCAGUUGACGCUGUACGGUUGGAGGAAGAAAUGCCUUUACACGGUGAUACUGCUGCUGAUGGUGAUGAUAAUCAUCAAUUUGGCGCUGACGCUGUGGAUACUGAAAGUGAUGGAGUUUUCGGCGGACGGAAUGGGUCAGCUAAAGAUUGUGUCCGGCGGGGUUGAACUCCGCGGACAGGCCCUGGUGCUGGAUAUGCUGCGAGCGUCCUCGAUACGGUCCCGGCACGGGACGCCCAUCUCGAUUGAAUCAUCGCGCAACUUCAGCGUAAACACCCGUGACGCCGAGGGUUACCUGGAGAACCAGCUGUUUCUCGGCCACGACCGGUUCGAAGUGAUGGCGAAUCACUUUCGGGUCGGAGACACCCACGGAACGCCGCUGUUUGCCGUGGACCGGGACGAGGUCACCAUCGGGGCGAGCUCGUUGCGUGUCGAAGGCGAAGGCGGCGUGAUCUUCAAGGACUCGAUCCAGACGCCCCUGGUGAGGGCGGAAGCCGGAAAGGAUUUAAAGUUAGAAUCCCCGACGCGAUCGCUGGAAGCCCGCGCCACUCAAGAGAUCUUCCUACAAUCGCGCGCCGGAAGCAUCGAAGCCAACUGCCUCAACGAUCUCAAGCUGCACUCCGUGGCCGGAAGUAUCCGGCUGGACGCCAGCACCAUCUUGUUCCCCAACCUGAAAACCGUGCAACCCUCUUCAAGCUCCAGCUCGAUGCGGGAUCACGUUAGCACCGCGAGCAGCUCGGCGUCCGGCUCGUACAGCAAGAUCUACCAGCUGUGCGCCUGCUCCAACGGGAAGCUGUUCCUGGCGCCGGCCCACAGCAUAUGCGCCGCCGAUGACAGCGCCAUCUGCAGGUAAUAUUUCUUCACCAUCGAAACAGCGCCACAGUGGCGCCACCGGCGGACACUAGAACUAGUAGGGUAGGACUCGUAGAUAGCCAUGAAUCGCGGGGGCGCGUGCGCUUGUAAAUAAGUCUCGUGGUGAGAGGAACUCUCCAACGAAUACUUUUGGGGAGAUUGGUGACGUAGUUAAUGCAUGGCCUACCUAGUUAAUGAUUAUGAAUUUCAACGUUUUGGCACAGAUGACAAGACGCGGACAUUUUGAGGCUAUGAAACUUACAGAAUUCUGCAUAGAAAAUUGUUGAUUUGAUACACUCGGUUCUCUUCGUAAGUUAAAAGAAAUACAAUGUCUGUCCUGCUUACGUCAGUGGAUGUUUACAUUACGAGCAGGACAGACUCUUUGUUUACACUUCAGCUUUGGUCCAUUUUUAUUGUUUUGCUUGAAAUUAUGGAAUUUUCUCUCACAAUUUCAUCAAAUUAUCACUCACUCUUGACAGAAUAUUUACGCUUUGAUUUUCUUUUAAAUUAAUGGAUACUUUUUGAAAUAUGCUCUUGUUUUAACAAGGUGUUAGGGGAAAUCUACCCAUUUUAAUCCUAAUAAGCGGUCGUGUUUGAAUGAUGCUGGAUAAUCUAGAGUCUCCCUUGAAUUUUACUAAAACCAAGUACACCAACGAGUAGAGCAAGUUUUU